AUGUGGCUACCGAAAACCGAUGCGACAUGUAAAGGCACACUAAGUGGUUCAGUUGCUGUUGCAAUAGACAAAGACAAAAGCAGCCAAAAUGCUAUCAAAUGGACAAUGGAGAAUCUUACUUCUCGUGGCCAAAGUCUUGCUCUUAUCCAUGUUGUUCCCAAAUCUCAAUCUUCUUCAGACAUUGAAGAAGGAACCAUGCAUAUGCAGCAAAUGGAGAAGCAAACAAAAGAUCUAUUUUUAUCUUUUCACUGUUACUGCAGCCGUAAAGAGAUCCAUUGUUUGGACGUUCUGCUUGAAGACGUAGACAAAGUCAAAGCGAUUGUUGACUACAUCACAGUUUCUGCCAUUGAGAAUUUAGUACUUGGUGUUCCAUCAAGAAGCAGCUUUAUGAGAAGAUUCAAAACGGAUUUACCAACGAGUGUGUCAAAGGCAGCUCCAGAUUUCUGCAACGUUUACGUCAUUUCCAAAGGAAAAAUAUCUUCCUUACGAAGCUCCUCUCGUCCUGUUCCUUACCAAUCACCAGUUCUCAGCCAAUCUGAAAAUCACGAAACUAUUCCCCAUGAGAGAAGACAUCAAACAGCAAACACACCCGCAAUGACUAGGCCCCGAAGAUCAGUUGAUUCAGAUGGUCCAAGACAAGGGUUUGUGAAACUGCCACAAGGACACAUGAAAAUGAUUGGAGACUUCUCAGAUUCAGAGACCGAGUUCUCGUUCAUAAGUGCUUCACAACAAGGAUCAGAAAACUCCUUUAUCAGCAGCUCGGGGACGCCGAGUAGUAUAGAUAGGUGUUCUUUUACCUACGAUUUACCGGAUUCAGCAAGAGCCUCAAGAGUGUCAACAAGCUCAGAGCAGAGCAUUGGCUCACAUAGAUUGGGGAUCAAGUUUACGGAUCUAGGUUUUCUCAAUAACUCUUCAUCGACUUCUGAAGAGAGUGGAAGAACUUCUUGCUCUUACUCAUCUCAGAGCUACUCAUCUCAGAGCUUGGAUGAUGUUGAAGCUCAAAUGAGGAAACUACGUUUAGAACUAAAACAAACCAUGGAUAUGUAUAGCUCAGCUUGCAGGGAAGCUUUAACCGCAAGGCAAGAGGCGACAGAGCUGAAAAAUCUGAGGUCAGAAGAGGGAAGAAGAAUGGGAGAACUAAAGAUGACAGAGGAGACAGCAAUGUCAAUGAUAGAAAAUGAAAAGGCGAAGGCCAAAACAGCCGUGGAAGCUGCUGAAGCUGCAAACAGGCUUGCGGAGGUUGAGGCAAAGGGAAGACUAACCGCAGAGACGAAGGCGUUGAAAGAAAGCGACUCUCCCACACGGUAUAGCAUGGCUAGGUAUAGGAAGUACACUGUUCAAGAAAUCGAAGAAGCAACUGGAAACUUCGCAGAGUCAAGAAAAGUUGGAGAAGGAGGUUAUGGUCCUGUGUUUAGAGGUCAUCUUGAUCACACAAGUGUUGCUGUUAAGGUUUUGCGUCCUGACGCCGCUCAAGGAAGAUCACAGUUUCAGAAAGAGGUUGAAGUACUAAGUUGCAUAAGGCAUCCAAACAUGGUGCUUCUCUUAGGAGCUUGUCCAGAAUAUGGCAUCCUCGUCUACGAAUACAUGGCCAAAGGAAGCUUAGACGACCGUCUUUUCAGACGAGGAAACACUCCUCCCAUUUCAUGGCAGCUGCGUUUCAGAAUCGCUGCUGAGAUAGCUACGGGUCUUCUCUUCUUACACCAGACAAAACCAGAACCGAUUGUCCACAGAGACUUGAAACCAGGUAACGUUCUUCUCGACCACAACUACGUCAGCAAGAUCAGCGACGUAGGGAUGGCGAGGCUCGUCCCGGCGGUAGCAGAGAACGUGACUCAGUACAGAGUCACAUCAGCUGCAGGAACGUUCUGUUACAUCGACCCUGAGUAUCAACAAACGGGAAUGCUGGGUGUGAAGUCUGAUGUUUAUUCGCUGGGGAUCAUGCUUCUGCAGCUUUUGACAGCGAAACAGCCAAUGGGUUUGACUUAUUACGUGGAACAGGCCAUUGAAGAAGGGAGACUGAAAGAUAUGCUGGAUCCUGCGGUACCGGAUUGGCCAUUAGAGGAAGCUUUGUCUUUUGCGAAGUUAUCGUUACAAUGUGCAGAGUUGAGAAGAAAAGAUAGGCCUGAUCUUGGUAAAGAAGUGAUGCCUGAGCUUAAUAGACUAAGAGAGUUAGGCGCAGAGAGUCUUGAGAGUGUGUUUUAUGCUGGAAAUGGACCGUUUUCACAUUCUAGCCAAGUCUCUUAUACAUCGGUAAGAUUUUAG